UCAAUUCUGCAAGUGGUUCUGAUUUACUAUCGCUGUUCUCUAGCUGGUCUAAAACCGCUUUUAACCUAAAGGGACGCUUUUUGGACGCAAUGGACAUUUCUCAGUUUCCAGGCAGGAAGAACAGUAAAAAUGCAGGCAGGGCACAGGACAAAGCACUCGGGACAAAAUGUAUGUGAAAUGGUUUCAUACAUGAAUUUAGUAAAUGGCACUUUUUGUCAUUUUCAAAUUUCUUGCCAUUCUGUCCCCCGUACGUCCCGACGCUCGCAGGAGAUGGAACCCAGAAGACAGAUGCCGGCAUCCGCCGGAUUACAUUGCCAGGGACACUGCAGGAGGGAC